GCUUCGCACUGUCGAGACGCCUCCAGGGAGGUCAGCAUUAGGCUCCUUUUAAGUUUAGUUUCAGUACGAGUUUUACAGCACUUGUAACACUCAAAAGCCAUAUAUAUUUAAGUGCCGGAGAUCAGACGUGUUUCUAGAGUGAAACAUACAAAGGGAAGAAGGAGCAGAGAUUGGGGUGAUGGAUUUUUGAUAGGACAGAAGGAGUAAACCACACCAGAGCCCCCACCGACCAGCCAUCAGAACCUUCUGGAAAAUACUGGAUUAUUCGGACGGAACGGUCGCCAAUUCGACCGUGACCCAUAGAUAAUGGGUAGCGGAUCUUCCAAAGAGAGUGCACGAUCUAGCAAUUCACAACGUACUGUAGUGAGGCCACAAGCUACUACAUCCAGGAGAGGGGACUUUCAGGAGGUCGAGGUCCGGCCGACAGGCCAGGGGCAGGGCGAGAACAUGUCUAGUUCUCGGAACCCAGAGGGUCAACGCGACUCUCGGUCCCAGCCUCCGGAGGCAGGGCGUGGCGGCAGCAACCGCUACGCCAGACACGCUGCCAGCCCGACCACCAACAGCUCGUCCUUACAGCACGGACAGACAGGGGCGGCAACUUCCAGAAGCAACGGCAGAAACAGAUCUGACCUGCAGGAGGCUGACGUCGUAUUUGAGACAUUCGUCCACAAAAACGGCCGAGAAUUCAUCUGUGCUGUACGGAAUGGUCGCAGGUACUACUUGGAUGACUGGCACUCACACGAGUGGCAGCCGUUCCCAGAAAGAUGGUACUCGGAAGGACGAAUUGUUCCUAUGGACGACAGCGGGCAGUCAAACGAGACGAAUGAGAGCAACAACCAAAGCCGAAGCAAUACGAACAACAAACAGGAGCAUGACGACAGAGAAGGAUAUCUCAAACAUCCCAAGAGGGGACGCAUUGAAACCUAUCUCAUGGAGGAGAGACAUUACGUCCAUUUCUUCUUCGACCGUCAGUCGGGCAAGUGGCUGAGACUGCCCAUUGGCUGGGAGCUGCACCAUCACCUGGUCAGACAGAUGGUGGAUCAUGUAGAGGAAGCCUUACCCCAUUGGAAGGACCGGGCAGAUAUCCUGGCCUUGCUGCGGGCAUGCAACUAUAACCCAGACGAGUGUAUUGGCACCUACCUCAUGCUGGAGGGAGAUGAGGCUGACUGGCUGAAACCACAAAGGACAUCCAAGGAAGCCAAAGCUGAUGAAGACAAAGACACAAGAAUUGAGGAACUCACUGAAAAGUUGAAGAAACUGGAAAGAGAAUUGGAAACUGAGAAGAAACAGAGAGCUGAAGCGGAAAAGCAGCUGCAAGAGCUGAGAGGAAACAUCAGAGUGUUCUGCAGACCUCGGCGAGAUGACAAGGCAGAUAACUGUCUCAAGUUCCCCUCUGACCAAGACGUCAUGGCUGUCAAUGCUGACGGCUCUAAGAAGACAUUCAGCUACGAUAAAGUAUUCACACCAGAUACUACACAAGAACAGAUCUUCACAGACACUCAACCUAUCAUUACCUCAUGUGUUGAUGGCUACAAUGUGUGUUUGUUGGCUUAUGGUCAGACUGGCUCGGGCAAGACUUUCACUAUGAUGGGACCGGAAAACAAUCCUGGAAUCAAUAUACGAGCAAUAACAGAACUACUCAAAGUGUGUUCAGAGAGGACAGAGACGAAAAAGUAUAAACUAAAGAUAUCUAUGGUUGAGAUUUAUAACGAGACUGUUCAAGACCUUUUGACAACUGAUGCCAGAACUCUGGAGCUGCAAAUGGUAGGCAAUAUAGUUCGCAUUCCAAACAUUACGGAGAUGGAAGUGACCGCUGUCAAGGACAUCAAGGAAAUCAUGAAGCUUGGUGAUGGCAACAGGAAGACAGCCUCAACCAAGAUGAACUCCACUAGCUCUCGCUCCCAUCUUGUGCUAAUGAUCACUGUGGAGGGAGAGGACAAAGUGACGGGCGCCAUCUCCAAGGGUGUCCUCACUCUGUGUGAUCUGGCAGGAUCUGAGAGGAUCAGCAAGACAGAGGCCUCAGGGCAGAGGUUGGUGGAAGCCGCCGCAAUCAACAAGUCACUCUCUGCCCUUGGUCAGGUUUUCUCAGCUCUGAGGGAAAGUCAACUUCACGUACCCUACCGUAAUUCUAAGCUGACCCAGAUUCUGAGGCCUUGCCUUGGUGGUGAUGCUAAAGCCUGUCUCUUUGUGAACAUAAGCCCUGAUGUCAGGAAUUACCCGGAGACAUGUAACACUCUGGAGUUUGGAAGCAACGCACGGCAAGUCGCUCUCGGACAGGCCAAACAGAACAUUCAGCGCAAACCUGGAGGCUUCCCGCCAAGAUAGAGGACACCGCCCGUGAGAUGAAAAUCCUACAGAUAGUUACACCCUGAGCCUUAGCACGAUACAAUAAGAAAUAGAAAAAAAAGAGGGAACCACAUAAGAAGCAUUACAGACUUAGAGCACUCCCCCAACCCCCACCUUCUUUCCCAGUUUUGUUAAAAUGUUAAUGUAAAACCAUAGCCAUAAACUUGCAGUACUUUUUUCCCCCAAAGUUUUGUUAAAACCUAAAUGUUUAGAACAAUGGUCAUGAUAUGUCUUCUGGGGAGAGGUUGGAUAUUAGCUCUGAUUUGUAAAUUAGAAUCACUGAAUUCAGUUCAUUUACACAGGAAACAUUGCAGACUUUCUGUACUUUUCCCCCACAAUUUUGUUGAAAUGUGGCCAUUAAAUGUUGUAGGGUUUUUGCUUGUUUGUGUGGGGGUUUUUCUUUUUUUUUUGAGGGGGGAAACGAGGAGGGGGGAAGGAGGAUUUUUUAGCUUUGAGUUUGUUCAUUAAAGUUGUUGCAUCCUGAGAAUGCCCACACUUUGCUGUUUGGGAUGUGUAGGCAAAUGGCUCAUGGGCUGUCAGGGUCCAUCUUUUGAUAGUCAGUAAAGAUAACGUUACCCUCUAUUGUAAAUACAGCUAUUAGUCUCGGCAUGUUAAAUUGUAAGUAUUUUAAUUAUCUGUAUUGGUGUCAUCUUAAACUUUAAUGACAUCAGUUGUGACACCUUCAUGUUAUCUCUGGAAACUGCUUUUUGUUUUACCUCAUUGUUGCCAAAAGUUUUGUUUAUUUUGGCCCUGUUUAUGCAUUGCAAACAAUUGUUGUGUCUACAGUUAUUACUAAAUAAACAAAAAAAAUGCACAUGUUUAUGUAAUGCUUAUGCAAAGCUGUCCUCAUCAUUUGCACAUGUUGUAUCUCUACUGUAGUUUGCUCUGUUGAAAUUUCUGCACAAAUUCAGUAAUGGGAAUUGAGGAUUUCACAAUUCAUAUCAGUCUGCAUCUAUUUAGCUGUCAUACUUGCAAAAAAGUCUUUUAAAAAAUUCUUAACAGUCCUGGAGUUUGACCAUUUGUACUUUGUGAGUUUUCCUCACUCCAGCUUGAUACAGUUAAAGGGUAUCAUCAUAUAAAUGUGUAUUCAUCGGUGAACUCCAACAUUUUUUUAAACCUUUAUUUUAAUGAAUAGAAAUGCUUGAAAAAUCAACCUAAAAUAGGAGUUGAAGUGGUCUUUAAUUAAUUAACAGCCUCCAGACUUUUUACAUGUUGGAACUUUUCCCCCUCUGCCUGUAAUGAUCAACCCAAGAUUGUCUGUAGCCUGGCAGGAAAGGAGUAAAGGUCCAGCCUACUAUGUUGUAAGAGAACUAUAUAUUUUAUGGAUUCAGUUUGAGCAAAGUGGAAAGCAACCUUUUGUGUGAAAACUGAUUUAGUGGGAUUUUCUAAAUGCUAAUAAGUUGAAUUCAUGACCAGUUUGUGCAUUGCAUGUAUUGUAAAUUCUAGAGUGGUAAACCUCUCAGCCUUUUUCUCCGUCCAGACUUUUUCUAUAUUUGAUAUGAACUGUCCUUUAAGUACUUUGUUCCAGGGAUUGCUGUACGAUUUAUAUGAUUGUUUAUGUAUACAAACUUUUAUUCUCUAUAGAUAAGAUUCUUUGAAUAAUCUGUGAUAUGUGCUCAGAAUGACUUUUCUUUACUCUGGUGCAAUUCAUGUUGUUAUAUGCCGUUUAAACUUCAGUUAUACUAUUUAAGAACUUAAUUUAUCCUUUGGGUAAUUCAUGAAGCUGUUCUCAUGUUUUUGUGCGCUCAGUUGAAGAAUGUCAAGCAGAGAGGAAAUGUCCAAUUUCAGGUGUACUUUUGUUAAACUCAUUUUCCCUGCACAAACAUUUGAAAAAUAACCUAACCAAUUUGUUUCCUGCUUCUACUCUUAUGAAGUAAAGAGUUAUGGUUAAUGCUCAGAAUACUGUAAUGUUUUAAGUUUACAAUUCUCUCAUAGACAACUGUAAACUUUACAAUGAGAGGCCUAUGUACAGGCUUUGAUAAACGUUAAAAAAAAAAAUCUAGACAAAGAAUUCAGAUAGUGUAUUUGGUUGACAGCUUUGUAGGUCUUCUUGACUUUCAAGUUUGUGCCUUGUGUUGGUUUCUUUUCCCCUGAGAUUGCUUCGUGACCUGUUUCAUUUUGAUAUCACAGAAAUUCCUUCUUCGAUUUCCUGUGAAUUUUGGUAUAUUAUUGGUAAUACACGACUUACAAACUUCUCUGGAUUCUUUGUCCAGAAAAGGAAGAGACAGACAAUAUUAUUCUACAAAACCAAGAAAAGCUGGAAUUUGGUUUAAAAGAAGUGACACCAUUAGUGCACUGAGUUAAAAGGAUUUUUCAAUGUGGAUCUCUUUAGGCUUAUGCUCCAGACAAUACAUUUAUCUUUCUUAAUUAAAAUUGUUUUAUUUCUAAGAAAUAAAACACUCUUUUAUAUUCUACAUUUUUAUUUCCAAAGAAUUAAACUGUUUCUCAGGCCAAGACAGCAUGACAGUUUCGUUAAAAGUUUUGAUAUGAAUAAUGUGGAACAAAUCUCUUCCGAGAUUCUCAACCGGGUCAUCACAUUGUGCAAAAAAAGAUUAAAAGACUGCCUUCUUUAUUUCUCUUCUAUCAAGUGGCUAAUACAUGUCAAAGGUAUGGAUGCUCUUGCACUAUAGGUUUCUUAUGACUGGAUCUUUGUUUAUGUUGCGUCCCUAAAUGAUACUUCUUACUUAUUCCAAUGUUUUUUUCUCCAAUGGCAGUCUAUCUUACUGAGAUUUAUUAUUUACUCUCAAACUGCUGAUGUUAAUAUUACAAUACUAUUUAUUGCAAUUGGUUUUUUAAACUAUGGCAUAUAAUAUAGGCUAUUUAUUGUCAAAUGCUUGUCAUGGGUAGUGUACAUAUGUUUUUUGUUUGAUUUUUCAAAAGAUAAAAUAUACACCCCAUAUGUUAUAUUAUACACUUUUAAGAUUUACCUCUGUGGUUACUGAUAAGCUGUUCUUAAACAUUUUUUAAUGUGUAGAUCUAUAUGUGCUUUUAACCAACCAUUCUUACGCUGCCCUCUCUUCUUCCAAAAAAGACAAAAAGAUAAAACCCAAAAAUCGAACAAACCAACCAGAAAGACAAAUUUUUUUUAAAAAGCAGCAAGAAAUACUAAAAAAAAACAAGUUUAACCCAAUAAAAACUGUAAAGUCCCUUUUUAUCCAAACUAUCAAAGCAACAUUGAAGGUAACAUAUAUGAUGCCAAAAGAUAUCUUUGGAACCCUCAGAAGGGUACAAAAUUUAGUUUUAACUUUUGAAUGAUCAGACCUAUUCUUUUCUUUAAAUGCGAUUUAUUAUAACCACCCUACCUUCUGAAUUCUGAAAAAGGUAAGAAGGGACGUUAUUUUUUUCCAUUGGUUGAAGCAGGAUGAAAACUGAAAAAAAUUUUCAGUACGUUAACUCGUCUGUUUCUUACCAUGUGUUUAUAGAUUGUUCAUGGCACACAAGCCAAUUUUUACAUCAGCCUUACACUUUGACACAAUUAAUACAGGAAGUUUUUUUUUAAAUCACAGUAC